GUCCUGAGUGCGUUGUUCUAUCUGUAUCUUGACCAAGUCCAGCUCUAGGGCUACUCGAGAGGGUGCCCAUCAGUGGUGAUGGGUGAGGCUAGUCGCGUUGAUGACUAAGCGCCCGACUGCUCCCAGCCUCAGCGUCACGUUGACCAGCCUCAUCGAGACCGAACCUGGCCCACACACACCCACCGACGCGCACUCCUCAACGCCAUCAGUCGCUCCACCUUUUCCAACCUUCACUCCCAUUGCUACGGCUUCGCGCGCCCUUGCAACCCAUUUUCGACGCUGUCGGCGCGCAAUCUCAGUUGGCGCAUCCCGCUCGCCGCCGACGCGCCGACUGUAAACAACACCACUCGACGCGCCACUUUCUCUCCUCCCCGCCCGCACACCGCGUUACCCAUCCACUGCCAUGUUUCUUCCCGAGGACCUUUUGUUCAAGUCUGGCCAGCUUGCCCGCGUCUGGCUGGCCGCCAAUCAGCACAAGAAGCUCACCAAAGCUCAGGUGCUGCAGGACAAGAUUGAUGAAGAUAUCAAAGUCAUCAUCCGGCCUGAGGGGGCUGCUGGCGGCCCACUCGCAUUGCGUCUCAAUGGGCAGCUGCUUCUUGGUGUCGUGCGCAUCUAUCAUAGGAAGGCGCACUACCUGCAGGAUGAUUGCAACGAAGCCUUGUGGAAGAUCAAGAUGGCCUUCCGUCCUGGAAACAUCGAUCUGCCGACCCAGACUCACGUCGCGAACCCCACAAGUUUGACUCUGCCGGAUAUGAUCACCGAUCUCGACCUCUUGGCCCCGAUGCCUGAUCCUGCGCUUUUCCUAUCCCAGGACCUCGACGACAAUCUAGACUUUGGAAACACUACUGUGCCAGACUGGGACAACAGCCAGUUCCUGUCUGGCAGCAUUGAGCAGCCGCGCAUGGAGCUAAUGGCGUUGGGAGAAGACGACCUGAAUCUGUACAUUGAAGACGACCUAGAGCCAACGCCCGCAUUUGAGGAUGAGGGCACUAGCAUUGAACGCGGCCGUAAUGCGCCCUUGGAACGACGCGCCUCCGAGGAAUUUGCCUCGAGCCUCAAGGACCUGCCUCUUGACGAUUUAGGCUUGGAUAUUGACGAUGAUCCCACUGAGAUUGCCCAAGCUCCCAACUUCAACGUCGACAAUGACCUGGACGUCACUAUGGAUGAUAUGCCUGAUUUGGGCCUUUCAGGGCCACCCUCGAUGGCUGGCGAUGUACCCGUACCACCUGUUCGCCGCGAGGAAUCGCCGCUUUCCGAGCUAGAUGAAGACGAGGCUUCGAGGCUUGCGCAAGAAGUGGCCGAACAGAACACGACCAUGUUCGAGCCUGGCCAAGAGCCAGAGGAGGAGGAAUCAAUUCAUCAGGCCAGGGCCAAGCGUAGGAGGGUCAUUGGGCAAGACGCUGAGACCAUGAUCUCGAGCCACCAGCUCAGGGAGCAGCAAAACAACCGCGACAAGAUUCUGAAGCCCGCCUCGUUCCUACCCCGUGACCCUCUUCUCAUGGCUCUCAUCAACAUGCAAAGGUCUGGUGGUUUCGUCUCAAGCAUUCUUGGUGAUGGACGAAGUCAAGGCUGGGCCCCGGAGCUGAGAGGCAUACUGUCGCUAGAGGUUGUGUCACGUCCGAGCCAGAAGCGCAAGCGAGAUAGCGGUGUUGCCGAUCUCGGUACGACAGAAGACGAAGCAGCAGUAGCUGACGGAGAUAAGACGCCACAGCUGGAGUUUGAGCAAGACGAGCCGACAUUAGGGGGUGCUGACUUCGGAAUCGGCGAAGAUAACACCACACUGGGAGGAUCCGACGACAUGAUCCAACUUCCGGACGAGCCUAAUUUUCAGCAUAUUGGAGAAGAGGAGGCGGAUGGUUUCUCGCCAGUUCCAGAAAAUUUUGACGACACGACGGCUCCUCUCAUCCACCCUGCAGAAGCUGGUCCUAUCUCACUAGGUACAAAGCACGCUGUACACCUUUUGCGAGAGCGCUUCGGAUCAGAAGCCGAGGAGAGCGAAUCAGAGCGACAGAAGAACAGCAUUGUCUUUCAGGACAUGCUGCCGGAGGCCCGAACCUCACGUGCCGACGCGACUAAGAUGUUCUUCGAGGUUCUGGUUCUAGCUACCAAGGAUGCAAUCAAAGUCGAGCAGGCUACCGACGAGCUAGGCGGCCCUCUUCGUAUUCGCGCUAAGCGAGGACUCUGGGGCCAGUGGGCUGAGACAGCAGCCAGCGGUGAGUUGGCUUCCCAGGCUCAAGCCGCCCCUCAAGUCCAAAGCCCUCCUGCGGUGUCUGUCUCCGCGUAAAAAUUCGGUAUUAUUCUACGGCUGUCUGGUGGCUAGGGUUGGCGGGUAUGUUCAUCUGGCGGCGUUUGCUGGAUACCCUUUCUUAGAUGUGUAUGAUUCUGCUUUUACAUUUGAAACGGCUGUCUGGGGAGGUGUAUUGGCGUUUUGGCCUUUGUACUAUUCCAAGGUGGUGCCAUUGGCAGUAGGAUUUGUCGCGAUGGUAAUAAGAUAGUCUUAUUAGAUGAUGAAUAUUGGAUACUUUACAACUGAU